GCAGCCCGGUUCCUGUAGCGGGCUGGGGCCUUCUGGGCCGUCGGAGAGGCCGCCGCCGGAGCGUUACCCGCCCACCCCUUUCCUGAGGCCCCCGGACCUAAGCAGCCGGCGGGACUUCAGCUUGCCGUCACUUCUUCCAGAGUUCAGGGAAGACGCUGGCCGCCCUCGGGCGCAGCUACGCCCACAACGACUGGCCAGAUGGAACCCAGCACCUCAGCCAGGAGGCCUUUCACCAUCGAUGACUUUGAAAUAGGGCGUCCUCUAGGCAAGGGGAAAUUUGGGAAUGUGUACCUGGCUCGACUCAAGGAAAACCAUUUCAUUGUGGCCCUGAAGGUCCUCUUCAAGUCCCAGAUAGAGAAGGAGGGAUUGGAGCACCAGCUUCGACGGGAGGUGGAGAUCCAGGCGCACCUACAACACCCGAAUAUCCUACGCCUGUACAACUACUUCCAUGAUGCUCGCCGGGUGUACUUAAUUCUGGAAUAUGCUCCACGGGGUGAACUCUAUAAGGAGCUUCAGAGAAACCGUGUGUUAGAUGAGCAGCGUACAGCCACGAUAAUAGAGGAAUUGGCAGAUGCCCUGACCUACUGUCAUGAGAAGAAGGUGAUUCAUAGAGACAUCAAGCCAGAGAAUCUGCUGCUGGGGCUCAGGGGUGAGGUGAAGAUCGCAGACUUUGGUUGGUCUGUGCAUACCCCCUCUCUCAGGAGAAAGACAAUGUGCGGGACUCUGGACUACCUGCCUCCGGAAAUGAUUGAGGGAAGAACGUAUGAUGAGAAGGUGGAUCUGUGGUGUAUUGGGGUGCUCUGCUAUGAGCUGCUGGUGGGCAAUCCUCCCUUCGAGAGCAGCACUCACAACGAGACAUACAAGCGCAUCCUCAAGGUGGAUUUGAGGUUUCCUCAAUCAGUACCUGUUGGGGCACAGGACUUGAUCUCCAAGCUUCUUAGGUACCAUCCCUCAGAACGACUGGACCUGGACCAGAUCCUGAAGCACCACUGGGUCCGGGACCACUCCCGUAGGAUGCUGCCUCCCUGCAAUCAGACGGUUUCCUGAGCUCUGCCUGUCUGUUAGUUUGUGUUUUUCUCCAGGCUCUGUUACUUCAUCUGUUUUGCUUGUUUUCUCUUAUAAGAUGUGAAUUAAAACUGAUAAAUAUCAA